GGCGCAAUAGGGAAGUUUUGAAGCGGCGCUUCCGGUGUAGCGGCAGUGUCGUCUUUCGUGGUUUUCAUGUUGAAUUCUAACAACGUUGGAAACAGACACUGGGUUUUUUUUACAGCGUCACAAGACCGGAAGUGCCCUCGUCGCUGUGUGCUGUGGCUUUGACGCAGCUCAGCUGUGUCACGCCGCAAAAAGCCAGGCCGGAUGUUUAGCGUCGUCGUCGCCAGUGUGUGAUGGGAACAUCCCGACGCUGCUUCUGCUCUCUGUCGGACACGAAGCGGCUCCGGCUCCAGCUCCGGCUCCGGCUCCGGCUCACAGUCACUGAUGAGUGGAGCUGCGUGAGAGGGCAGCAGUCGGCCCGCGGUGCUGGAUGUCUGUGACAGACCCAUGGGUCAGAAGGACCAUGAGGAGGCAGGAGCAGGACGCAUCCUCGACCUGGAGCUGGAUCUGGAGUAUCUCCACGUAGCUGGGGCUGACCGGCAGGCUGGCAGUGCUGACGGACCCCCUGCUAUGGAGGAGCAGGGGGAAAACUCCCCUCUCCCUGCUGUGGCGGAGGAAACCGCCGCCGUCUCUGAUGCCAUUUGUGAUCCGUCGUCGUCUUCCAGCUCCGCCCACACUGUGGACGGAGGAGAGGGAUUGUCCACUCACAGCAAGAUCACGCACCAGCCGCUCUGUCGAACCCAGUGUGUAGACUUGGGCACCGAGGGACCUCCUGAACCUCCUGAGCCUCCUGCUGAACUCUCGUCAGAGCCUGAGCGAGACUCAUCUUCUCAGUCUCCGCCCACUUCACCACGCAAGCACCCGCCCAGUCGUCCGCCCACUCCGGCUAAGGCAGAAGCGGGAGGGAAGGGGUACCAGGCGAAGCUGGAGUUUGCCCUGAAACUGGGCUACUCCGAGGACACGGUGCGGCUGGUGCUGUCCAAGCUGGGUCCAGACACGCUCAUCAACGACAUCCUGGGAGAGCUGGUCAAGCUGGGCACCAAGACGGACGGCGAGCAGCCGCCCGUGUCGCUGGCGUCCACCUCGUCCUCGUCCUCCUCCUCGUCCUCGUCGUGCGCCUGCUCCGAUGUGCUGGACGCUCAGAGGUCGGACUCGCCGUGUCUGUCGGACUCUCUGUGUGACCAGGACAACCUGCGGCCAGUCGUGGUGGACGGCAGUAACGUAGCCAUGAGUCAUGGCAACAAGGAAGUGUUUUCAUGCCAGGGCAUCCAGCUGGCUGUGGACUGGUUCUUAGAGCGCGGUCAUCAUGACAUCACAGUGUUUGUGCCUGCGUGGAGGAAGGAGCAGUCCCGCCCUGAUGCUCCGAUAACGGAUCAGGAAAUCCUGCGUCGCCUGGAGAAGGAGAAGAUCCUGGUGUUCACGCCGUCGCGCCGCGUCCAAGGCCGUCGCGUGGUCUGCUACGACGACCGCUUCAUCGUCAAGCUGGCGUACGAGUCAGACGGCAUCAUCGUGUCCAACGACAACUACAGGGACCUGGCCAACGAGAAGCCCGAGUGGAAGAAGUUCAUCGACGAGCGGCUGCUCAUGUACUCGUUUGUCAACGACAAAUUCAUGCCUCCUGAUGACCCUCUUGGUCGCCACGGCCCCAGUUUAGACAAUUUCCUGAGAAAAAGACCCGUCAUGCCCGAGCAGAAGAAGCAGCCUUGUCCAUACGGAAAAAAGUGCACUUACGGCCACAAGUGUAAGUAUUACCACCCAGAGAGAGGCGCUCAGCCUCAGCGCGCCGUGGCGGACGAGCUGCGAGCCAGCGCCAAAACCUGCGUCACCACAAAGAACCAGGGAGACGCUGGGCUGGUGAAGAGCCACAGCGUGCCCGCAGGAAGCAUUGACGCCAAAAAAGGCAGCGCCUCGAAGAGGCAGUCGGACCCCAGUAUCCGCGCUCUGUCGUACAGCGACGCGGAGGAGAAGCUGCUGCUGGCUAAAGGGAGGAUGGAAAGCCAAAAGAGCAGCAGCAGCAGCAGCAGUUCUAGUAGCAGUUGCAUGUCUCCAGCCCCAGGAGGCCCUCCGUCUGGCCUCAGCCUGCCCCACGAGCAGCAGUCCAGAGCUGCCACUCCUCACGGUCUCCUCCCUGCCUCCAGUCAUGACCUUUACCCUCACUGUGAGUCUCCAGACUUGAGCUACUACUCGGUAACGCGUGCCUACUCCGGCCUGAGCCUCUCCUCCAGACGGAGUCCUGACUGUCGCUUCCCCGGCGACGCAGACCUGCGGUUGGGCUCGCUGGGCUCAGCAGGCUCCGAGUGUGGCAGCGAAAGCAGCACGAGCUGCGGGAGCAGCUGUGACUCGUACAGCGAGAGGCCGUGUCCCGGGUGUCCUCCUGACGCUUUACUGGAAGACAGCGUCCACUUCUCCGCUCCUCAUGGUCGACUGUAUCCCCAUCACGCUCCGUCAAACCACGACCUGUGUGCUCUGCAGCCUCCCGAUUAUCCAAAUGUCCCGCACAGCCACGCGUCAAACCCCGGCGUGCACAGCUACCACAUGAGUGUGACCUGUGGGCAGAGCUGUGGUCACGAGCAGCCUCCUCCGCCUGACGCUCCACCAAAGCGCCCCCUCUACCCGCUACCGCCUCAUCUCCAGCAUCAGCCGCUGGCCGCUCGCUCCAGCUGCCCGGGCGACUACCACUCCCUCUCCCAGAGCAGCCCUCACCCUCCCGGCUCUCCCCUGGGCCGCUGCCUGGCCCCCACGCGAGCCGAGAGUGUGUCGGACUCACGUCUGUACGAACACCACGCCACGUCGCACCAUCACCACCGGCCUAAAGCUCUGCCCAGCUGGGACUCGUACUAUCGACAGCCACCGCUGCCGCCGUCCAGGUACGAGUACCAAAGUCUGCCAGACACGCGUCAGUCGUCCUGGCACGCCCCCCCCUGGACAGAGGAGGGCUACGCCCAGCGGCACCACUCCUCUCACCCUGCUCUCCACCCGUCCCCGACACAUUACCUGAACCACCCACCGCCUCCUGCUCACUCUCCUCAUCCCUCCAGCUCCCCUCUCCCUCCUUACCCGCCUCACAGCGGCCACCUCGCCGUCCCCUCCCACGCUCCUCCCUCCUACAUGCUGCAGCACUCAGAGUCGCCCGCGCACGGCCGCUACGGCGACGUGAGGGAGAAAGCGUACAUCAACCUGUGCAACAUCUUUCCCUCGGAGCUGGUGAGUCGAGUGAUGGCCAGAAGUCCCCACAUCACUGACCCCCAGCAGCUGGCGGCCGCCAUCCUGGCAGAGAAAGCUCAGUCAGGAUACUGAAGACGGGAGGAGAGGGGAGAACACAUGGAAGCAUGCCGGGCGUGCAUGGAGGAACACAGGAAUGCUUUUGGAUCGUUUUUCUCACCAUGAAGUUGAGGUCUAAUAAGAUACUGACGGUAGUUAGUUUGUAAACUGCCCACACCAAAGUCCAUAGAGAAAAUCAGUGAUUUUAGCUCAUGGUGACACAGGAGCUGCUGGUCUGCUGCUGCCUCGUGUGGUCCCUUUGUGUCACUGAGAAUCUGAAUGAAAGAUUUUAAACACAGAAUUUAACAAUAUGACACAUUAGAACUUAGUGAUGGAGGCAGCGGUGGAUCAGCAGCUCCUGUGUGCUGUCAUGUGAUGAAAUGACUGGUUCUCCGUGAGGUUUGGUGCAGGAGAGUUUUGUCCCUGCGUCGUGGUCUCAGGCUGUUUGCUGGCAAAUCCAGAGUCAGUCCUUCAUACAACCACACGUAAGAGCGUAAGAAAGCACCAAUUUUAAUGUCGAGCAUCAUUUUUUAAGGAUUUUGUUAUGCUUCAAAAUAUUAAGGCACUUUUUUGUUUUUUUGUUGUUUUUUGUUUACUGACUGAUGGAUUAUUUACUACAUUCAGAUUAUUUGGGGCAGUGUGCAAACACUUGUUUGUACUGUACUCAAACUCUCAGACAUUUUAAUCGCAUGUGUUUUGGCACCAGAUGGAGAUUUUCUACUUCAUUACUGUAAAAAAAAGGGUAAUGUAUUCAAAUUGAAUUAAUUUAACUUGUGUAUUUCUUAAUUUAAAGGUGUAAUAUGCAAUAACUGAGAGCCAAUCUUUUGUUACCAAAGGAUGAGCUUUCUCUGGCAGUAAAUCCACACAGACGACGCCUUCUGCUGGACACCUAGGACAACGUCCUGUCCUCUUGCUUUCACUAGCAUGACUCAGCUAAUCGCGAUAUAUAUACGUGGUCGAUGUGACACUUUUGAACGCAGCAGGUUUUUAGUGACUGGAAUUGCUAACGACGGCUAGCCCGAGACACGUUUUGUAUUUCUGACUUCACUAAUGGAACUCGUGGGCCGACGUCACUCCCAGUUCCAACUUUUUACAAAUUAAAAAAAAUUCAAAAGCAGCAUCAGCCAGCCAGACUAUUUCCCAUAUGUGUUGAGUUACAAAUUUUAGUAUUUAUUCAAGUCGCCCGGUUGCCCGUCUUAGUCAGACAUCUUAUGGCUCAGUCUGUCAUCUACUGUGCAUUUAUAUCGACUAAUGUGAGGCUGAAUGUUGCAUAUUGUACCUUUAAUUGGUGGUAAAUUCCCAUCUGGUCAUCUCCUGUUUCAAACUGCUGUGUGUGUGUGUGUGUGUGUUGUGUUGGGGUGAAAGACGGUGGUCCUGGUGGUGACCCUGUCGUGUGUACCUUAGUUUUAGUAAGGGACAUCUCUCUCUCUCUGGCCCUUUAUUCUGGGUCAGCUCUGGUUUCUGCCACAGACGGCACUCAUCUUCCUCCUCCUCCUCCUCCUUGUCGAACCAAACACGUACAUAAUGUGCUGCUGUAAAUAUAUUUAACAUAAACUCCCUGCUGACUCUGGUCUCGGCUGAAUCGGCGUCAGACAGAGAAAAAACCUUGUUUGAUACAAAUUGUAUCAUGAACUAAAGUCGCUGAUGUUCUACACAGUGUCACACACACACACACACACACUCAUGUGUUGCAGUGCUUCGCUUAACACGCGUCCCAACCUUUGACCUCAUGGGAAAUUUUAGCUUUUACUUCAAAUGUGUGACGAAACAUUAAGGAGUUCCUUCCGCCUACUUUGUUUAGGUGACUAGACUUCUUCAUGAAGCUGGCUUUUACGAAACUACGGAGUCCAGGAGGGGAAAAAUAUAAUUUUUACUACAAAAAGUAAAGCAGACAAUUAGCUACAACCUCUGUGCAGGGACUGUCUACAAAUUCCUAUUCACCUCGUCACCUAUUUUGGCCAAAAACAUACCUUUUUCUUUUGGCGAUUUUUAUUCAGAAUAUUUCUUAAUAUCUUCACCAUAAUACACUGUGGUCAGUAUAUAAUCACUAUAAACUUUAUUUAUCGCCCAUAGAUUAUACUAAAAACACCAAUUUGGUGUAACAAAAAGACUAAUUGAUUAUAAAAAUUCCCAGAAAUGUAAUUUUUUUCCCCCAGAUUUUUUAUGUAUUAUCUAUAGGGGUUAAGUGAAGUCUGUAUUGAUUUUAUAGACACUAUACUGUAAUAUAGUGAAGAUAUUACCUAAUAUUUUGAGUAAAAUUUGUUUAAAAAUGUUUUUUUCCCUAAAUGGUUGUUUAAUUUUAAUCUACAGAAGAUAAGAAAAAAAACAAAAUUGAUUUUAUAGACACUAUACUGCAAUAUUUUCAGUAAAAUUUCCCAGAAACUAUAAAAAAAAGUAUGUUUUUUUCCGCCCCUUAAUAGAUGUUGUAUUAUAAUCUACAUGAGACUUCAUUUGGUUUUUAGACACUACACUGGAUUAUGGUAAAGAUAUUGAAGAUUUGAUUUCUUGGGGUUGCAAUUUGUGGACGGUCCCUUCACGCUCGGCUCGUUUAGUAGCUUAUUGUUCAAAUAAUGUAAUAAACAGACGUCACCUCCUGUGUUCUGUAAAAGAAAAACUGCCCAUUUUAGAAUGACAGUGAAUUAGUCUAAUUAUUACUUUUAUUUUUAUUUAUUUUUUCGUUCUUGCAGUGUUUGAAGAUAAAGAACCAACCUGAGACGCUCACAAACUACACUGCCAUCAUUUCUGACGACAUUCAACACCAUGACUUUGUUUCUUGGCAUCGAGACAACACAGUAUAUGGCAUUUGUGUCAUUUUAUUGACAGUGUACGAUACUAUUUUGGGACUUUUUGACCACGUAACAAACGUUUUUGACAUUUUGACCACAUAUUUGGUCCACAUGAUAUACUGAGGCUUUUGUGUCAUUUUUUUGAUACUUUAUUCAAUUUUUUGUAAUAUUUUCACAAGAAGAAAACGCUUUGACAACCGUGACCUUUUUUUUUGACAUUUUGAUGACGUAAAUUUUUGAUGAAACUCUACUUCAUUUGUUAAACACAUUAUAAUAUGAAGUUUUUUUUGAUGAUGUAGUAUACUUAGUAUACUUUUGUGUCAUUUUAUUGACACAUUUUAUAAACACACAUUAUAUGUAGUUUUAUUCCCAUUUGUGACAAUAUCUACUCUGACUUUUGUGACAUUUUACUGACACUUUACUAUCCAAAACACGACUGUUUUGUUUCUGACGACAUGCUGUACUCGUCCGUAUCUCAGGCUGGUUCUCUGUGACAACCACACUUCAAAAUGCCCGUGAACGUCUUUAUUCUACCCCGUUAUAUUAAUAACAUUGAGCUGAUUUUUAUUUGUAAAUGACAUAGUGAGUGGACAGACCCCCACAUGCCAUGCUAAUAAGCAUUUUGAAUCUAUUUAACUUGAAAUGAUUCAGUCAGUAAAGACUGAAUAUUGUUGAGUUUCAGCAGUGAGCUCACAUUACUGUUGCAUCACCAGCUACAUGAAGCCCACUGGACUCUUUCCUGUCCAAUGCGUCACUUUGUACAAAUAUACAAACGCGUAUGCGAGCGCGUGUUGCGUUGUUGACAUGAGAGAACCUUAGUGUGUACUGAAGAAGCGCCUUCUCUCCGGCCUCCUGACACCGUGUGUCAGCCGGGCGUCCGAGCGUGGGCCUAAAGUAAUGCCUCUUGGUGGCAUUGUGCUUAUGACACAUCCAAUACUCUGAACUAUGUUCAGCUAACUGUUAUGCAUGUUUUACAUUUGUUUUAAUGUGUGAUAUUUUAGUUUUGAUUUGUGUACCAAGCUGCUUUCUGUCCUGGACACAACCUGAUGCUUUUAGGUGUAGCAGUUUUCGUUUAAUUUAAUUCACGUGUUAGUUAGUGUUUGUCUCAGUAAGGCACUCUCCUGUCACACACUUACUUUCUUUAAAGCAAGGCUUUACAUUGACUCCAAAAGACCAGAAAGCAUGACUUUGAACGUGUACGUGUGAACAUGACCACGUUCAUAUUUUUGAAUUUUGUUUGCUUUGACAAUUGACCGUAGAUAGUAUUGAAACCAUUGUAAUGAACUGAUGUGGUGUAGCUAUUACUGUACGUGUAUUUAUGUAAUAUAUAUAUAUAUAUACACACUAUGGUACAGAGACUUCUGUUUAAAUAUGAUGUUUACAUUUUGUAAUGGUGUAACUGAUGAUUGUAAACAACUCUCAAUUAUAACUGUACAUUGUGAUUAAAAAGAUGCAGUCGAAGCUUCGAAAAAGUCCUUUUGUCAAAGUCCAAAUGUAUUUCACAAUAAAAGCGUUUGCUCAACAUA